UUCUUCAAGACUCUUUAUCCGAUAAUGAAAAUGAUAAUAUUGAAUCUCAAGCUUCAUUACCAGUUUAUGGAAAUACUAAUAUUAACAUCUUCUCCAAAACAUGUGAUAAUAAUAAUAUUGACUCUCAAGCUUCACCACUUCAUAGAAGCACUAAUAUUAAUGCAUCUUUUUCACAAAUAUGUGAUAAUGAUGAUAUUGAAUCACAAGCUUAUUCAUGA